GAGCCGCCCCUGCUCCGGCCAGGGAAGAAGCAGCCGCCGCCGCCCGGAGCCCUGCGGGGAGCAGCAGCGGGGCCCGGCCAUGGGGAAGCUGCAGCUGUUCGAGAUCCACCUGAGCGAGAGCCGGGUCGUCUACAGCCCCGGGGAGCCGCUGGCCGGCACCGUCACCGUGCGCCUCUCCGGGAGCCUGCCGUACCGCGCUAUCAAAGUGAGCUGCGUUGGAUCUUGCGGCGUGUCCAACAAGGCCAAUGACACCGCGUGGACUGUAGAGGAGCAGUACUUUAACAGCACGCUCUCGCUGGCGGAUAAAGGAGUUCUGACAGCUGGCGAGCACACCUUUCCCUUCCAGUUCCUGCUGCCAGCAUCGGCCCCCACGUCGUUUGAAGGCCCUUUUGGGAAGGUGGUCCAUCAGGUCAAAGCCGUGAUAGAUACGCCCCGAUUCGCCAAGGACCACAAGUGCAACAAGGUCUUCUACAUUCUCUGCCCGCUCAACCUGAAUGACAUCCCGGACAUUGAGCAACCCAACACCACGUCCAUCACCAAGAAGUUCAACUACAAGCUGGUGAAGAGUGGAAACAUCAUCUUAACCGCCACCUCGGACCUCAAAGGGUAUAUCGUGGGGCAGGCAAUCCAGCUGCGCACCGACAUCGAGAACAAGUCUGGCCGGGACACUGGCACGGUGGUGGCCAGCCUCCUCCAGAAGGUCGCUUAUAAAUCCAAGCGCUGGAUUUAUGACUUGAGGACCAUUGCUGAGGUGGAGGGCUCGGGGGUGAAGGCCUGGAAGCACGCGGAAUGGAAGGAGCAGAUCCUUGUCCCUGCGCUGCCGCAGUCUGUGCUGCACGGCUGCAGCCUCAUACAUGUCGACUACUAUAUCCAAGUUUCCCUGAAGUCGCCAGAGGUUUCAGUCACUCUGCCUAUUUACAUCGGCAACAUCGCUGUGAACAGGGUUCCUGUGACCCCGGCUAGGUCGGUCCAGCACAUUCCGUCCGUUGUGGUCCCGUCCGCCCCACCAGAAGAGGAGGAAGCUGCCAGUGGCUAUCACCCAAUGGACAAUGUUUCAAUCCCCACCAAAAGCCAUUCCCAGCUUCAGGCGUUCAGCUACGCUCCAGGACUGAGCUUCCAGGACCUAAGGCUGGACUCAGACCAGACUGCCUCCCCAAACCACCCCACACUUUGCUUGGCGACAGGAGCGACCGUCCCUUACUAUGCUGAGGGGACAGUGGUUCCGGUUCCCACCGCUGGCUCUCUCAUCUUGCCUCCGGAGUACAGCACGUGGGGUUACCCCUAUGAGGCACCCCCUUCCUAUGAACAGAGCUGCAGCAGCGCCAACUCCAGCCUCAGCAAUGGCAACUAGCCCAUGGCUCCCCGUCUGCUGCCAAGUCUGGUACCGCGCAAAGCAUCUUGUACUUGGGGCCGCCGGCUACUCCUGGGCUGAGAUUUUUAAGUCUUUUUUUAAGAAAUCGAGUGGUGAGAAGCAGUGUGGGGCGUGGUGUGUGUAUGUAUGUGGGGGGGGGGAGGGGAAUUGUACAGCCCCCUCACACCCACUCUGCUGACGCAGCAGGGCGGAGAUGUUGCCUGCCCUCGGGACGCCUUGCACAAUGGUCUGUGUUCCCGUACUGUAAUCCAACACUUUAUUUACUGCUUUAUUAUUGAAGCACCUGUGAUGCCUUAUGGAAAAUGCUACUGAAUUGUUGUCUCUACUGUCCGCAAUAGUGGGCUCGUGUGGGUUCUUUUGAUACAUAUUUUUUUUCAUGUGGUGGGUUUUUUUGAGUGCUGUUUCUAAUCGGGACUGGACUCAGCAGCCUUAGUUAUCCUUCCACAUGGGCCUUUGGUGUAGCUGACUUCCUCAAUGCCCUUCCUACCUGUUCUGCACCCUCACUUUACACCAAAUCAAUGGGGCAACGUCUGCCCCAACAGAUCUCCGGAAGGUACAGUCACAGACCGAGGGAGUAAAUAGGGCCUACAGGGCAGGCUCUCGGCAGUGCCAUGCUGCCAAGUGACUGGCCAGCUUCCAACAGUUGCAAGCUAAAACGUUGCCAGCACGUGACGAGACAAGGGGGGCUGCUGGAGCCAGGGCCUUGACCUAGGCACUCGUCAGUAACCCUAGCAGGGUUCGUAUUGGGGAUAGUCCUGGGCGGUGAGGGGGGGAAGGGGCCCGUGCUAUACAACUUAAUACCUUUUCGUGGCACUUUUAAAGCCAGUCUUUAGAGGUCUCCUGCAGGAAUAGAAUUGUCUAUAAAAACCUUAUAGGAUUUUCUGAGCACCACCUACAGCACCCUAUUAGCUUCAUCCCUUUUAAAUGCUGUCGGACUUUGGUAUAAAGGGGCUAAGCUCUGCCAUGCCACUCAAAUCCGCUGGAGGGCGUAACCUCUUCGUUCCCACUCUCCACUGCUCUCAGCCAGGUGGAAACUGACAAUCAUGCUUCAAACUUCCGUCUAACACUACCUCUGAACUCUCCCAAGGCGCGUGAUGGGGAACACUCCCCCGCCCUUUGAAAUGACCCUAUACCACGAAAUGCUCUCCUCCCAAAGAGCCUUGCUGGGCAGCGGCUGGGAGUGCCAGGAAGGUGCUUGGACUGUGGCCUACUCCUGCUUCUCACCACAUCAAAGCUGUCUGCAGCUCCCCCCACAAACUUGUGCUGUCCUGGGGAACAGGCUGAUCUGCCACUGGAGUAGGGUUCCCUGGCUCAUAAGGAAAACUAGCUUUGCAAGCCGCAGUGCAAAACCAAACCAAAUGUGCAUGCUCCGGGGCAGAGUUAGGGGCAUUUAGAGGCAACUUUUUUCCCCCCCCAACAGGGGGCCUCUGCCAUGGUUGGUUUUUGUUUUUUGAGGGUGCCCAUCUUGACCUGCUACCGGUGUGAUAGACAUGCUGAUCACCUACAGCUGCAUUUGACAGUGAUGGGAGCUGUAGACAUUUUUCACCCGUGCGAGCUGAACCCAAGAUAAGGGGUCUCAAGCUGUGCACCCACUAGCAGAAGCCAGUUCUUGAGAGCUUAAACCUUUCUAUCACCCCUGCUUCCACCUGCCUCUACCUAACCGAGGGCUGGCUGCUGGGGGAC